ACUUUGGCUUUGUGGGGAUUCUGUUACAAGGCGCUUUAAAGGCCGUAAAUUAAAAAGUACAAAGUAAAGUUGGAACUCCGCGGCUCGACGUGUCCGGCCGCCCCAUCGCGCCUGUUUCUGCGCCCAGCGCUUUGCUUUUCUCUUUCUCUCCGCCGGCGGCUCGCAGUCCUCAGUCCUGCAGAGGGAGAUCAGAGCCUCGAGCGCCGGUCUGACAAGUCGGAGUCGAGAAGGGGCGGAGAGUCAACUCUUCACACGUAACUGCGAGCUCCGAGAGAAGAUGCCAUCCAAGGAGACUCGCCGCCGUUUACGGAAAUGAGUGAGUGAGAGGCUCCGUGCCGAGGACCCCGACGGCUCGACCUCCCCGCUUGUGCGAUGUUCAGACCGCAGGCCGAGGGUCUCGUUGACGUCGAGGAUGAACGAGUGGCGUGUGGGGGGUGUGCGGGGCCCCCGUGACCGCUACAAGCACGCCUGCUGCAUUCGUGGUAACUGCGUCUACUUGUAUGGCGGGCGUGACACAAACAUGCAGAAGGACUUCUGGAGGUACAAUGUGUUGCUGAAUGAGUGGAGUGAACUGGACACCAACACCGAAGAGGCCCCCAAGGAACUAGAGGAGCACACAAUGGUGGAGAGCGAGGGGGUCCUUUAUAUCUUUGGAGGGAUGCUGGACUCGGCUUACAAUGAAGUGACGACACCUCUGUGGAUGUAUCAUAUAGACAAAGAGCGCUGGAGCAGAUGGAGAGGAGCGGCGGGCGGCGUGCAGAGCCCAUGCAACAGGAAGGGACACAGCGCGGUGGUGUACAGAAGCGCCAUGCACGUCUACGGAGGGUACAUUGACAUGAGAGGGUCUUCACAGGACUUCUGGACAUUCACGUUUGAAAACACCGAAUGGUCGUUGCAAACAUCGUCCUGCGAGAGCGGACCAGGACCGCGCCACAGCCACGCUGCUGUCACCUACCAGGAUGGCAUGUAUCUUUACGGAGGGUUGAUGGGCCUCAACGAGCAAAGUGACUUCUGGAAGUGGGAUUUCAGCAGCCUGGCGUGGUCCCGCAUUCGAGUCCUGUCUGGACCAUCCAAACUAUUUGGGCACACAGUAGUUACGUACAAAGACGCCAUGCUCCUGUUUGGGGGAGGAGAAACCCAAAAUGGCGGCAAAAGCCCCUUUUGGAAAUUCCAGUUCUUAGCAGAGACGUGGCAGAGGCUGGACGGCAGCCCCCUUCAACCGAAGUCUUAUCACAGCUGCCUGGGCUGGGGCGUCAGUUUCACCCCAUGUGGCGACCAUUUCAGCGCAUCACAGAACUCAAAACCUGAAGCCCAAAGCCGGUCCUUCAAGAAGAGGAGUGCAGACCCCCAGGACAAUGGGAUUGAAAUGCAGACUUUCAAAAUGCAGAGUAAAGCGGAAGAGCAGGAGACCCACGGGAUUGGACAGAAGAGCAGAUCCACAGAGGACGUGUCCCCCCAGUGCUCGACUGCACACACAAACUCUGAGGGCCAAUCAACGGAAGACCCCCAAGACCUUCUGUUAGUAAUAGGGGGAAAGCCUCUGUCUGGUGGGACUGCAAUCUCAGUGUGGAAAAUCUUACUUGACAAGGUUUAAGAACACCAGCAGGAUGGCGGACAGACACCUGAUGCUGGAUGUGUGGCAUGUGUUUGGUGACCAACACCGAUGUCCGGUUUUCGAGAUUUACAGCAGUGGGCCGCUGGAGUUUUGUGGAGACGUCUGUCAUGUGCACUUUAACAAACUGGUUUGGCCAACAGCAAACACACCGAGGGGCUUACUGUGACGGUCAUUUUGGUAACAAAGUACCCCGUAUAUCGAUGAACGUAUUUAUACUGUUUUCUGUCCGGAGGUCCCCGACUUGGACGACCAGUGCAAGUAAAGUGGUGUGCUUAAGCAACGGGCCGAGUGAGCAGUCAGCCAGACCACCCAUGUCGUCUUGCGUUGUGCUGUUGACGGUUGCAGUGGUUUGUUACACAAAACUAACGAAUAUCGGAAUGUGAAUAAGCAAAUGAUAAUUAAAACAGUUCUGGAUGUUUGAAAUCAAUCACCAAGUUAUUUCAGCUUAACAGAUAAAAUAUGAAUAUGCUU